AUGGAAUCCAAGAAGAUAGAGCCUAUAAUGGCGUCACUUAAUACUUUGAACAGAGAGACCAACAAUGAAGGCCCAAGAGACAUAAAAACAACUAAUUAAGUCAAACACUACACAAUGAAUACUGAUGACUUGUCCAUAAAGUCCCCUCUCGAGACUAUAUCCUCAACAUUCAAGCAAGACGAGGCGACACACAAUUUCAUCUUCAGGACAUCUUGCAAAUCUUUGAAUAGAUAUGAAAAAUUCAGAAGAAACCAAAAAGUUGCAAUGACGAACCACUCAAACGAUGUGCAGUUUGAAAAUAGUUUAUUCAAGGAUAGACCUAGAUUUUUAAGCUAAAAUGCAUCUAGUAUUAAAAACUCCACAACGGUUUUAAACCAAACAUUCAGUAUUGCCAAAACCAAUGGCUUCAAGGAAUUCAGGAUCACAAAUGACCUCAAAGAGAUAUAGAAGUGGCUGGACAAUAAAGAAAUGUAUAUGGAGGAUCUCAAGAAGGAAAUACACUCAGAUGGAGCUAAACAACAAGAUUAGGAGCGUUAUCUUGUUCAAUACUAUUCUAUGUUUCAUUCAGCUUUUAAGGAGAUACUAAAGCUUAUUCCUGAAAAAAAUCUAGAAAUGACAACAGUGCUUAAACGCAUUUAAAAUGGAUUCAAAGAUUGCUUUUAGCAAUUUUAAUAGAAGAUUAGAUCUAUCCAUCAAUAGAGCUAAGAACAAGUCCAAAAGAUUAGAGAUGACUAUGCUCAGCUAAUGCAAUAAUUUGAGGAAUUCUAGUCUAAAAAUGAUCUGAAUAAGUACUUCACAAAAAAUUUAGAUGCCUCAACCAGAGCUACAGUAAUAAAGGACAUCCAAGAGCUUUUUUAAAAUGAUUGGUCAGUUCAACUAGACAAAAGUUUACUAGAGGUUUACAGAUUUUCAGAGAGUACUAGGCAUCUAACAGAUAUCAAUCAUGAUUAUGAGUAAACUAUCAAAGAGAGACUAAAUUUCUAUAUGCAUCAAAAUGAUAAAGAGUAAGAACAGCAAAAUGCCCCAAUUCCUGUUACAACAUUUAGGCAGCAGCUGGAUUCUAAAUUAAACUCAAAUUACAACUUUGCUGUGUAAACUACUGCUAAAAAAAUACUGUCAAGACUUAUGGCUAUUUAUAAAAAGCAGUCAAAUGAAACAUCUUGCCAGACUAUGACAUUUGAUGAGAUCAAAUAGCAGUUUGAGGUCUAGAUAAGUUAGCUUCAAAAAAUAGUUGAUGAAAAAGAGGAUGAAAGAGAGAAAAUUAUUCACGAGAUUGAGAGAGCUAGAUAGAAACUAGAUGAGUUGCACAAGGAAAGAAAGAAAAUGACCUAGGAAUUGCAUGAUUUAGCCUAAUCAUUAGACAAUCAAAAGGAACAAUAAAAAUCACUUACUAGUGAAAAUAUGGAAUUGAGAUAGCAGCUUAAGCAAUCUUUCAAAAAAUUGAAUAAAGUGGAGGAAAGUGAUAAAGUAAAUACUGUCAAAGUAAAACAACUUACCGAAGAAAAUAUAGAAUUCAAAAAGUAAGUGCAUAAACUGACUAAGAGACUAAAGAAAAUUGCAAAGGCAUCACCAAGUAUCAUGAUUGACAGCGAUCAGGAAGGUGAAGGCUCUCAGAAGGUUAGCAAGUUUAAUAUGAAUGGUCAGUCCUCAUCAAAUAUUAACAAAAUAAAUUCCUCAAUCAAUUAAAGCAGUAGAGGUAAUUUGGAUGACUCAUUAGACUUUAGAGGUAGGGAUAGUCCUAUGAAAUCUAGAAGAGAUGGAGGAUCUAGUAAUGCUAGUCCCUAGGGAACAGAGUUAGGAAGAAGAAUUACUUAGUAUGAUGUUAAUCAACGAUAAAAUUCCAUUCAAAAAGAUGCUUCUUCACCUUCAUAAUCAGUGUAGAAAUUUGCUGAUGGCGUUACUCUAGAUCAACGUUAGAGACCAGUAGGUGUUGGAGGAGAGGAUAGAAGCGUAAAUAACUCAACACUAGAAUAAUUAACUAAAAAGAGAGGUGAUGAAAUGGACCAAGUAAAUCUCCUGAAUUAGAAGGGAGGAAAGAAUAAUUAAACCUAAUCAACUGGUUAAGGGUCAGUCAAUCUUCCUGGAAUUAAUAAAUCAAGUCCUGUCAAAGGUUCACCAAAUAAGAAAAGUUCAGGUCAGUAGAGGGACCGCAAUAAUAAUUCAUCUUAUGAAGAUGAAGACUCUGGAGAAGAGGUAGGAGGUGUUGGUGUCUCUAUAAAAAAAGGAGGCAAGGGCAAAGCCGCAAGUUAAGAAAGAUCUGGACAAAUAAGCAAGAGUAAAGGAGCAGAUGCGUCCAGUGGACCUAAUAGAAAAUCUGGGGGAUCUGAAACAAGAAAGACAGUCGUCCCUCAAGGAUUCAUUAACAGAACUGGGACUAAAAGAGGAUCUUAAGGUUAAGCUUUAGACAAUGAUAAUGAGGACAUUAAUAAUGUUAAAUCAAAUGGUAAUGUCUUUAGUGGAGAUAAUCUUCAUGAAAUUGCUGAGGAGGAAUCUAUGCAAGGUACUCAAUAUCUCACUUUCAAUAAUGCAUAAUCUAAGAUGUCUAAGUAUGGGCCAAAUAAAGUUACUGGAGGGUCAAUAUAUUCUUCACCUAGAGAGAGAGGGCAAUAAGAUCAGCAUGUUUAAACUUUGAUAAGAGGAAACAUGCUUGAAGAUUUUAUUGUGAAUGAAGAGGAGUUAAUUAACAAUUUACCAACUGGAAUCUAAAAUUAAAGGACUUGGAAUGAAGCAUGCUAAACUGAAUCAUUCGAAUACGUUGAUUACAUGUCAGGCUUGUUCUAUAAUGAACUAAGAUUGUAGCUAUAAGAGGAGAUAUCAUAGCAUUAGUAUGACAUGGUUAAAAUUCUACUAGAAAAAUCUAAGUAUGUAAUUGAAAAAAUCAGAUUCAAGGCUUAAAAUAAUCAGAUAAAGUUCCAGCCUUUAUUUGAUGAGAAGGCGCCAGACUAUCAACUUAGCAAGCAGGAGCUAACUGCCAGAAAAGAAAUUUAGUUAAGCAAGCAUUUCAUUAUGAAUGCCAACCAGGUCUAGCAAACUGAACCUGAUCAAAUUCAAAAAUCUAUCUCUAAAAAGUUUGGAUCAAACAUGUACUUUAAAAAGCAUAGAUGGGGUAAGAACAUAGGGGGCAUUAAUGACGAGAUGGAAUUAGUAUCAGAAGAAGUACGAAGAGAAAAAUUUGACAUCGAUAGAUAAGCUCUCAGAGUUAUUCAUAAAUUUGCAGUGGGAGGCGGCAGUCAACAACAGCAGUAAUGA